GUAGAGGCUGGUACUCGAGCUGAUGUCAGCCAUGAAGCUCAAAAGAGGAAACAAGUUUAAGACUCCAUUGAAACUGAAGCGAAAAGGUAUCCAAGUAACAGGGCAAUGGAAACCUAUUGAGAUCGAUCCAAAUCUCUUUGCCGACGAACAGUUUGGUGGCUUAGUGUGCUUUGAAGAGCUUAGAGAUUAUAAAUUGGUAGCUUCCUCUAGAGUAGGAGAAGAAACCAAAAAGAGAAAGCUCACUAAGAAGGAGGACAAGACAGAAAGUACUGUUCCCAAAAAGAAGCGAAAGAAAGAGAAGAAUCUGGGAGAGGAGGCCGGAGGAAGCAAUGAGCUGAACCCAGAGGAUCAGGUGCCUGAGUGGGAAAACGCCGUCAUUAGCCAAGUUGAGAGUGAUGCAGCAGUUGUGACGAGCCCAAAAGGGAAACAGAAAAAGAGAAAACAAAAGAAGAAAGCAUGUUCUACUCAAGAUGUUCCUGCUGCAGCUUCUAAAAAGGUGAAAAACUGGACAGAAGUUCUGUCUGCCUCGUCAGAUCUCCAAGUAGACAUGUCCGCUUGGAAAGGUCUCUUUGUUCCUGAGCCUGUUCUUCAGGCACUGGGCGAAUUAGGGUUCAGUGCUCCAACCCCUAUUCAGGCUCUGACUCUGCCUUCUGCCAUUCGGGAUAGCAUGGAUGUCCUCGGUGCUGCGGAAACAGGCAGUGGAAAGACGCUUGCUUUCGCCAUCCCCAUGAUCCACUCCAUCCUUCGGUGGCGAGCCUCAAAAGAUUUGGCAAGUGGAAGUGACAGUACCCUGGAAGAAGCAGCAGGUAGAGAGGAUGACGUGCCGAGCCAGGAAGUGGCUAAGGAAGCAGAAGACCUGGACCCUGAGGGGAGCGAAGCUAGUGAUGCUGUUGCUGAGGAUGACGAAUCUCCGGCAACAGGCUGUGUGGAAGUGUCGGAGGAUAUAGAAUCGGAUUUGGGUGCCAAGAAGCAUGAUGUACAGAAAAGCAAUCCUCUUUUGGGAUUGGUCCUAACUCCUACAAGGGAAUUGGCAGUCCAAGUCAAGCAUCAUAUUGAUGCAGUGGCCAAAUACACAGGUGUUAAGACGGCCCUUCUUGUUGGCGGGAUGGCUUCUCAGAAGCAGCAGCGAGUUUUGAAAAGAAAACCGGAGAUCGUUGUGGCAACCCCAGGGCGCCUGUGGGAGUUGAUUCAGGAGAGGCAUCCCCAUCUCUCAAGCCUCCGGCAGCUCAGGUGCCUGGUGAUAGAUGAAGCUGACCGGAUGGUUGAGAAAGGACAUUUCUUAGAACUCUCCCAGUUGCUGGAAAUGCUGAACGAUUCCUACUACAACCCUAAGCGCCAGACGUUUGUCUUUUCUGCCACCCUGACUCUGAUCCAUCAGACUCCUGUUAGAGUUCUCCAGAAGAAAAAUGCUAUGAAAAUAGACAGAAAAACCAAGUUGGAGAUGCUGAUGCAGAAAGUGGGCAUCAAGAGCAAGCCCAAAGUGAUUGACCUGACGAGAAAAGAGGCCACUGUGGAGACUCUCACAGAGACCAGAAUCCACUGUGAUAUGGAAGAGAAAGACUAUUACCUCUAUUACUUUCUGCUGCAGUACCCAGGCAGGACUAUGGUUUUUGCAAAUAGUAUAGACUGCAUCAAACGGCUAACUGCACUCUUGACCAUAUUGGACUACAAUCCUCUGCCUCUUCAUGCAAAUAUGCACCAGAAACAACGACUGAAAAACCUGGAGAGGUUUGCAGAACGUGACCGCUGCGUCCUUCUCACAACUGAUGUUGCCGCUCGUGGUCUUGACAUUCCUAAUGUGCAGCACGUCAUUCAUUACCAGGUCCCUCGAACUUCUGAAGUCUACGUGCACAGGAGCGGCAGGACAGCCAGAGCUGCCAGUGAGGGCCUGAGCUUGCUGCUGAUUGGCCCAGGCGAUGUGAUGAAUUUUAAAAGAAUUUACAAGACGCUGGCAAAGAGUGAAGAGCUUCCCUUUUUUCCAGUGGAAAUGAAAUACAUGACUGCCAUCAAGGAGCGGGUGAACUUGGCACGACAGAUUGAGAAGGUGGAAUAUUUCAGCAACCGAGCCAAACAGCAUAACUCUUGGCUGCAGCAAGCUGCGGAUGCCCUGGAGCUGGACCUGGAUGAUGAGGCCCUCUUAGGAGGCCGGCCCAGUGAGCAGGAAGAGAGUCAGAAACAGAAGAUGGUGAAAGGGAUGAAGAAGCAUCUGAAGCGUUUGCUGUCCCAGCCGGUAUUUAAAAAUCUUAUGAAGACCAAAUACCCAACCCAGUCUGGAAAACUGCUCUUGCCUGAUCUUUCGGAGACGAGUUCCCAGUCUGCACUGGGUGCCAUGUCAGAAGCACAGAGGAAAAAGAAGAAGAAGAAGAAGGUGAAGCAAAAUGUGGACAUCUGAUAGGAGUGGUGCCAAGAUCAAAAACCCUUACUCCUCCCACAAGAGGAAAACCCUUAUUCCUCCCACCUGGCUCCCAGGUGUUUUGAUUACCUUUAUAAACACACCUGUCCUGCAAUGUUUGCCACCCCUACCACUGUUUUUGCUCCUGCAUACCACUGUCAGUAGCUACAAAUACAGUUCUGCCAGUGUGGUUCUUUCUGGUCUGUGUUGGUUUGGAUCCUCAGCUGCUGUGAAUAGAGGAAUUUGCAGAAGUGGCUCUUUCCCCACAUUUCUCCAGCAUCCCCUCCCCAUGCUCCCCCCAAAAGCCAUGGCUAAGGGUCAGAGGAUCAGCACAGGGGACUGUAGCAAGUAGGGGAAACAAAGUAGGGAAUCGCUAAAGUUGCUCCCCCUUAUUUUUGUAGGGGCUUUUGCUCCAUUCACUGUGUCCGCUGUGCUCUUUCAAAGGGAGGGGGGAUCCGAUAACCCCUGCUUGCUGAAGCCUCUUAAGCUACGUGACGUGUUGUUUUCAAGGUUCUCCUGCCAUUUGGCAGCUGUUUUGUAGAGAUUGCAGGGGGCAAACGGGAAAAGUUUCCAUUUCAGCAAACUCCCUCCAUUUGCAGAAGGUUGGAUCCAGCCCAUUGCACCCUUCUGGAUGCUCUGGUGAAUGUGACUCUUGUGUGUCAUAUCAACACAUCAUCCAGAAGGAAUAAAUGAUUGGAAAUGUUCACAACUGCUCAGAUUGACAGCCAGAACCAAGCCGGCACAGGUGUGUGUAAAGGUGUUCUCAGGGAUAGCACUCCUUUGAAGUGUGGAGCUUUGCAUCUCCCUGUUGAAGAACACCAAGAAGUCUUAUGUCAGUACAUGAUGUUUGUGUGUAUUGUUGGUUUAGACUGCUUCUGUCACGUUCUCUUUUGGGCUGAGGAAAUUUAAAACAUGUCAUGAAAUGUCCACUGAGUAAAAUUGGGGAUGAACUUUUAUCCUUUUAUCUUGGACUUGC